AUGGACAAGCUGGAAUAUUGGGCAAAGCGUCUCACCGGUAUUCCCAUCAGCAAUGAAAACAACAUUCAAUCUCGCAUUACUCGCGGCGAAUCCAUCUCUGCAACCGUAUGCAAUUCCCCCGCUUUCCUUCUUUCUUCCUCACGAUUGACACACUUUGAUGCACAGAAUCGUACUCGGGCGUACGUCGAGGAAGAUCCUACGGUCUCAGGGUGGAUUCAGGGUGUCAUCCCUACUCGCGCAAGCUCUGCCGCCUACCUCCGAAAUCUCUUUCCCGUCAUUCAAUGGCUCCCCAACUACAAUAAGGUCUGGUUCGCUGGGGAUUUAAUCGCUGGUGUUACCGUUGGUGCUGUCGUCGUGCCGCAAAGCAUGGCCUAUGCCAAACUUGCCGGCUUGGCACCCGAGUUUGGCCUCUAUUCAAGCUUCGUCGGCGUCCUGCUAUAUUUUGCAUUCGCCACUUCUAAAGAUAUCACCAUUGGACCGGUUGCUGUCAUGUCGACCUUGACAGGCCAGAUUAUUACCCGCGUACGAAGGACCCACCCCCAUCUCGUUCCAUACCAGAUUGCAGGCGUACUGGCUGUACUAUGUGGCGCUUUCGUCACCGCACUUGGCAUUCUUCGUCUGGGGUUCAUUGUAGACUUCAUCCCUCUCCCUGCCAUCGGGGCCUUCAUGACUGGAAGCGCGCUCAACAUUGCGAUCAGUCAAGUACCCGCCCUCAUGGGUAUCACCGGCUUAAACACCCGCGAUGCGACAUACAAGGUCUUCAUCAAUAUCCUUAAGCAUUUAGGCCGUUCCGAUAUCAACGCAGCGGUCGGCCUCACAGCUCUUUUCCUCCUAUAUCUCAUACGUAGCUUGUGCACCUGGAGAGCGCGCCGUGAUCCUUCCCGUGCCAAGUUAUUCUUCUUCAUCAGCACGCUCCGAACCGCCUUCGUUAUAUUGCUAUAUACGUUGAUCUCAUGGUUAGUCAACAGGCACAGGAAGAAGCACCCAAGGUUCUCCAUUCUGAGUACCGUGCCAAGAGGUUUCAAGCACAUGAACGUGCCAACGGUCAACCAUACUACCGUGGUCGCUCUCGCAAAAGAGCUUCCCGGUGCUAUCAUUGUGUUGCUUAUUGAACACAUCGCUAUCUCGAAGAGUUUCGGGAGGGUAAACAAUUACACCAUCUCCCCUUCUCAAGAGCUCAUCGCCAUUGGCGUCACUAACCUGUUUGGUCCUUUCUUUGGUGCCUAUCCUGCAACCGGUAGCUUCUCUCGCACGGCUAUCAAGUCCAAAAGUGGUGUGCGCACCCCUUUGGCCGGUGUUAUCACCGCUCUCGUUGUUCUUCUCUCCAUCUAUGCUCUCCCACCGGUCUUCUUUUACAUUCCUAAUGCUGCCUUGUCUGCUGUUAUCAUUCACGCCGUUUUGGAUCUUAUCACUCCGCCAAAAUCGUUGUAUCACUGGUGGAAAGUUUCUCCCCCGGAGAUCGCCAUCUUCUUUGCGGGUGUGAUCGGUUGCAUCUUCGGUACCAUUGAGAUAGGUAUCUACACGGCGAUAGCAUCCACAGGUGGUCUUCUCCUCUUCCGCAUUGCCAAGUCCCGUGGCGAUUUCCUAGGCCGCAUUGAAGUCUGGACGAAUAGCAAAUUCGUCACCAAUACGUCCCGAAGGGUGUAUGUCCCGCUCGACCAUGCUGAUGGAUCUAACCCUGGUAUACCGGUCGAAGAGCCUAUUCCUGGUGUCUUCGUUUACCGUCCCAGGCAAAGUCCCUUGUACCCUAGCGUCGGGUGUUACACAGACCAACUCGUGGCUGUGAUCCAGGCGCAGACGAAAAGGACGAACGCCAAUUCUUUCCCCACGCUGGGUGAUCGUCCUUGGAACUUUGUUGGUCCUCGCCACAUCGAUCCUAAUGCAAUCGCUUCCGAUCCUCGCCCAACUCUUAAGGCGAUCGUUAUGGACUUUACGGCUGUCGAGCACGUUGAUGUUACAUCCGUCCAGAUCCUCCAGGAUGUCAGAUCUCAACUUGAUCGUCAUGCGUCCCCAAAUGCUGUGGAGUGGCACUUUGCUGGCGUAUCCCGUCCAUGGGUUAAGCGUGGUCUUGUCGCAGGUGGUUUCGGACGCAUUCUUACCCCUCUAGACGUCGAGCCCCUUUACAGUAUUGCAAAGCUUACGGAUGCGAGCGAUCCCAAUGAAGUGAGGAAGCAUCUUGAGCAGGAGAACUUGAGUAGCAAAGUAAUACUCAGGCAGAUGACAUUGAAGUAG